AGGCUUGCAAAAAUUGAAUACCAUUUUCAUUCUACUUAUAAAAGAGGACACGGUCGAUUUAUUUGGCGGGAAGUUGCGUUCUUCUUCACUCUCAAUGUCAAAGGCUUCAGAAAUAAGGUCACUCUUCCUAGCACUAGCAUCGGAACUGCAGUCCACAAAUCUGACGACCGGAAAUGAAGCUCCAAAUCUGGACCUCACUAUCACAAAUCUCAACCAUUCGCUUAACCUCUCCGAAACAUCUCCAGGAGUUAGGGUUUUGGACACUGCCCUUUCUCUUAUGUGCUUCACAUCGUCUCAGGUCUACGAUUGUACGAUUGAGUACUUGGUGAAGACAAUUGCUACAGUGCUAUCUACUUCAAUUGAAUGCAAGGUUCUCAGAACUGCUCAACAUGAGGUUUUGCAAGUUGGUGGAUUGAUUUCGGCUCAGGAUUGUACCAGAAUAAUUGAAUCAUGUGCUGACAUUUUGCAUAAAUUGGAAGGAUGUCGACAAGAUCUUUCUCCAAUGAUUUUGUAUGCUGUUGUGAGGGUGGCGGUACUAGCAUCACGAGUUCACUAUUCGCUGAAAUUGCCUCCUGUUCUUGACCUGAGAUCUAUUGAUGGAGGACACUCUGCUGUGCUGAAACAGUUACAUUGUCAAAAGGAGUUUAACAUUGAGAGUGGAAAAAUACCGCUAAGGUUGCUCUCAUGGCAACUAGAUCACAUGCUUCUGAAGUACGAUGUAUCUCAAAUUCUACAAGAGGCCAUUAAGAGACCUUUCCUUUGUCUAGAUAUGGAAUUUCAUCAGAGGAAAGAAUGGCAUUCAAUUGUUAUAUCUUUGGUACUUUCUCCUGUCAUGUUUACUGAAACAAGGUCCCUGUUGCAUAACUGGUUUCUACUGUCGGGUUUGGCUUCUAUCCUAGAGCUUCACGUUAAGCUGGUCUCCCUGGUGCUAGAUAUUAUUUCCAGACCAAGGUGGUGGGGCAUAUCAAUGGAUCUUGGUUCAAAACUUCCAUUUUCUCAUGCAUACUUUCCAUGCAAGAACCAGAUUUUGAAGAUUUUGACUGGACCUUUGUCCUUCGAAUCUUUGGAGUAUCUAGUUCAUGAAGUUUACAAGCCAGUUAAUACAUUUUCAAACAAAAUUGUGAAUAUUGCCAGAAUAAAUCACAGUUCUAUUUGGGAAACAACAAUAACCUUUCCUUCUUGGUUCAUUUUUGCCUCUAUUUUGCUAUUCUCUAAAAAGAGUUUGUGGGGCAAGUACAGCUCAACAUGCAUAUAUGGAGCAGGUAAUAUUAACCAUUCAGAGGACGUUAAAUCUCCUUUUCUUGCUACUGCUGCAAAGUUUAUAGCAUGGAGUUUGAACCCUGCUGGUGGAUCCUACUUAGAACAUUUAGUCGAUUAUCUGUCAAAGUUUUCAAAAUCAUGGAAUCUUAAGUUUGGCUUUGAUGAAGGCAAUGAGACAACUCUUUGUCACAAAAAGGAAUUCAGGAGAUCCCUGUCCUUUAAGAAGGAAAUGGUGAAUAUCCCGGAUUCCAAUUCCCAAACACUUGCGUUCUGGCUUAAAGAAUUUCAGGACAUGUACAUUGGGCACUCAGAUAAAGUAAAUGAAAAUUUUGCUCGAGAUGAAGAACGGACACCAGGAGUUAGUGCACAGAAGAACAUGUUAUUUAGGAGGAUACCAAUAGGCAUCUUGUUCGGAUGCUUGAAUCAUAUAACUGAUGCUGAAUGUGAACUGCUUUUGCAUUAUAGUGCAGCUGGUACUCUUGGGCAAUUCACCGGAGGACAACUUGGAAGGAAGAAUAGGAAGUCUAACCAUGAAAGGCAAAAAGACUCGAUUGCAUGGGUUGAGACGUACACGGUAAAAGAGGCUACAGCAGGAGCGCUCAUUGUCUUUGACAUAACUGAUGUAAUUGAAAGUAUGACAACUUCUAUGUUUGAAACUGAGGAGUGUGGACUCAGUUUUGUGUGCGACGUGAAACUAAAGAUUGGGAGAUAUCUAUUCAAGUGUGUGAAAAGGUUACUCCAACUCACUCUGGAAAAGAACAACAUACAGCUGAAUGUACAUGAUCUCCAUGACAGAAUGCUCCGGUGGAAGCAUCAAGGGCGAGAUGUUUUUCAAACAUGUAGGGAUUUAGAUGAAAUAUUUGAUGCCUGUGCUUCAGCAUCCUUUUGAAGACCCCGUACAACAUCAAUCUGAGAUGCAAAACUGAAACGGCACGGGCCUUAAGAAAUUUUGUCUUGGUGCGCAUAGUGUAGCUUUGUAUAAAGUAUUAUCCUCAUGUAAGCAAUGUUCUCACUUCAAAUUUAUGUUGAUAAUCUUAGGGGUCGUUUGGUUGCCGGUUAGAGUUAUGCAGGUAUUAGUUAUACAU